CUUCGUUAUAUAAAAAGCCGUCGCACUUUCAUUCAGCAUAAACACGCUGAGAUUUUCAAGAUGGAGUUUGAGCGCUGUGAACACUGUAAAAGAGAUAUUCCAAGCGUUAACUUUGUGAUGCAUGUUGCUCAUUGCCAACGAAAUGUUCAAAUGUGUACAAUAUGUGGCGAGGCUGUUUCGAAGGUGAACUGGCAUGAACACCAAGAAGACCAUAAAGCAGUCAAAUGCCAUCUCUGUGGGAAAGAGAUUCAAAGAGCAAGAUUGGAAAACCACAUCGAAAAUUCUUGCUUGGAAAGAGAAGUGGCUUGUGCGUAUUGUAGCUUGGAAAUGGGUUUUACCGAGCUAAAUGAUCAUGAAGUGUACUGUGGCUCUCGAACUGAACCCUGUGGAAGAUGUAAGAAGUAUGUUAUGAUCAAAGAUAUUACCAGUCACGUCUGUGAUGGCUCUAGACGUGCUAACUCCAGUUCACCAACCAUCGAAGACGUGUCUGACGAGACAGUUCCUUGCGAGUUCUGCAACAUGCAAGUUCCUGUGAACCAGCUUAUGAAACACGAGUCUUCUUGCCCUGCUUUGAGAGAGGACAUUGACUACGUAGAAAUAAUUGACGAUAAUAYUGAUUCCACUGGUCCCUGUACUAGUCCGAGGGGAAGAAAACGCUCUUACGAGGAGGAAAUUAUUGCCGAAGAAAACUGCCUYCCUGCUUCUGAUGAGACGACAGAUACCUGUAAUGGCGAAGACAUAAGGAAAGAUAAUGCUAAUCUAAUCUAUGCUCUACCAUGUGAAAUCUGUGGAGAGUUAUGUCCUUCUGACARGUUAAUGGAACACCAACAAGCAUGUCUUUAUGGGACAGAAAACCAUGGCUCCAAUUCAAGAGAUGAAGCCAUUGACGUUGAUGAAGAYGACGAAGGAAUCUGGUUUAAUAAUCUCAACUUGGACGAUGGACCUACUAGGUUUUACACAGGUCAUACUGAACACUUUCCAAGACUAGACGCUUUUGAUAUGAUAGCUCGUUUUCAUCCAUUCUUUGCUGGCUCUUUGUUUGAUCGGAGAUUUGACCAGAGGUACUUYAGGUGAAGAGAACUGUCAAACAGUCGUAUAUCAUCCACAGUUACAUGAUUAGAUAUCAGAGGAAAAGCUGAAAUUAUAAAUUAUUGAAGAUCUCUUUAAAUGAGAUCAAUAGAAACCUAAUAUAUGAUAUAUAUAGAGUCCCGUUCGCACUUUCCUCUUUGGGUAGCAUGUUGGUUCUGUAAUUUUCCUUCCUGAUUGAUACCCAAUUGUUGUAAAGUCACAUAUGAUAAAUAUAUGAAGAUAUAGAAAUAUAGAUAAGUUAUAGUGCUUGGGAACAAGGUUAUUCCGGGCGAAAGCCCUUGGAAUUAAAUUCGGAAAAAUUAAUUUCCGACCUCGCUGGGAAUAUUCUCAUAUGAUAAAUAUAUUAAUUGUAUGUAAAUAUAUUGUACAUACACUGUAUAGCAUAAACAAAAUCAAACUAGGACGACUACCAUUGAAAAUCCUUGAUCAUGAUUGGCUGUGUUCUAUAUAGGAUAAAAGAGGUCUCACAGUCUAAGAAUCUGACCAGAUUAUGAUUCAAAAUUGUCUUGUCUUAUUGGCAAGUUAUGGCUUAUUUCGAUCUGAGAUUGUAAAAAAGAUUUUUCAAAUAUUAUGACUAUUUACAAUAAAGAAUCUUAUUAAACAUUUCA